CUCCGAGAUGUCGAUGCUGAACUUGAAUCGUUAUACUAUGUAGAUGAAGGCUCACGGUCACGACAUAAACUUAUCUUUACGGGAAAGAAAAAGUUCAAUCAAGAUCCUGUGCGGGGCAUCGAAUACCUUACUGAUCGAGGACUCUUAAGUCGACAACCAAGCGCUAUAGCUCAAUGGUUAUAUAAGGGUGAGGGGCUUUCGAAAACAGCCAUAGGUGAACUUCUUGGACUCCAUGAACCGUUCUACCUUGAAGUGUUGGACCAUUUCGUACUAUGCCAUACCUUCCAAAACAUGUUCAUCGUUGAUGCUCUUAGAGCAUUCCUAUGGUCUUUUCGGUUGCCAGGAGAAUCACAGAAAAUUGAUCGAAUUAUGGAGAAGUUUGCUCAACAAUACGUUGCUACAAAUGAAGGUGUAUUCGAUAACGCUGACACGUGUUUUACAAUUGCAUAUUCAUGUAUUAUGCUCAACACUUUAUUGCACAAUCCGAAUGUCAAAGAUCGACCUACGUUUGAGCGGUAUCAAAGCAUGAAUAAGGAACUUUUGGAAGCUGGCUCAGUUAGCACGGCUACUCUCGCCCAGAUAUACGAUUCCAUUCGGUCUCGGGAGUUUCAAAUACCAUGCGAUGAUGCUGCCCGUCUGGAUAAUGUAUUUCUUCAUCCUGAUCGGGAAGGCUGGUUGUGCAAACAAAGUAGCAGUCAAUUUAUAUCUGGGCCGCUAUCGUGGAAACGAAGAUGGUUUGUUCUAAGCGAUUCAUGCCUGUAUUAUUUCGAUCAGACUACAGACAAAGAACCUCGUGGUAUCAUUCCCUUGCAAAACGUAGGAGUACGACGUGUGGAGUCGGCUUCUCGUCCAUUUAUGUUUGAAAUAUUCUCAUUAUCUGAAGAUGGUCGGAUAAAAGCAUGCAAAACGGAGCAGACGGGUAAAAUGGUCGAAGGUCGGCAUACUGUGUAUCGGAUCUGCGCAUCAAGUGCUGAAGAUCUUAAUGCAUGGUUAGAGGUUAUCGCUGGUGCUGCAACGCACUACCCGUCGCGGCCACGAAGUGCUCAUUAG